UCGGGCAUUAGCCCUUCUUCAGGAACCUUAUGUUAUUGGUGAGGCCAUAUCUGGAGUACUGUGCACAGCGUUGGUCUUGUUACUUAAGAAAGUUUAUAAAUGUGUCAGAAGCAGAAGAAAGCUUAAGACUGGGUUAUUGGGGGUAGGCAGGAAUACGGUGUUGAUGCCACAAUCAGCUGAUCGUAUUGAAUGGCAGAGUAGGCUCAAAGGCUGAGGGCUCUCUCCCUGCUCCUGAUUUGUAUGUUUGUGUAUAACUCGUGUGAUGGAACAUUUUCCACUUCACAGAAUCAUUAAGGCACUGAAGGAGCACAUUUGGCCCAUUAUGUCUGUACUGGCUGUCCUAACAACCAAUACACCUGGAGCCAUUCACCUGCUUUCUCUCUGUAGACAUAUAUAUUCCUCUUUUUUCGAAAGUAAUUGCUUGAAAGACUUGAUUGAGCCUGCCUCCACCACAAUUUCUUGCAGCGUAUUCCACACUGUAAUCCCUUGAUGUUUCUCGAGAAGCUCAAAUCAGCCCAAUCGAUUGGUACCAUGUCCACCAAUGUUCACUCCAGCCACCACUGACACACAGUGGCAGCAGUUUGUCCCAUCCACAAGACACACUGCAAUAACUCACCAAGGCUUCUCUGACAGCAUGUUUCAAACUGAUUACCUCGACAACCCAGGAUACAUGGGAGCACACUGCUACAUCACCGCAAUGUUCCCUUCUGAGUCACUCACCAUCCUGACUGGGAAUGCUAUUGGCUGUUCCUUCACUAUCUCUGAGUCAAAAUUCUGGAACUUUACUCCCAUAGCUGCAUAGUGGGUAUCCCUACACCACAUGGACUGCAGUGGUUCAAGUAGCUGGCUCACCACCGCCUUCUCAACAGGCAAUUAGGGAUGGGUUACCCUGUCCCUAAGAAAAACCAUGAUUUAAUUGCAAUAAUUGUAGGCACUAUGUGAAGAAUCCCUUGAAGGGAGUACAUUAAUAUGCGCAAUCCUGAGUGCAUCUGUCACACAGAAAACAACAUGAAAGGCACCCAGCCCUGCCCUCCCCCUCCCCUGACACUGCAAAAGGACCUGAUGCCGAACAGUUAAUAUAUUAUCAUAUGUGACAUCACAAACAUUGGACACCUCAUAGUGCACACAUCCCAAAUAUUCAAAGCUCAGUAACGUCUUACAAAACAAAAAGAUUAUUGGCAGAGUACUCACACCACCUCCUCUGCCAAAAAAGCCAAUGCAUACACACGCAUUCUUCAGAUCAGCAGGCCAUUCUGGGAUUGGAACACUCACCGCCCUGGGCGCCUAGGGUGUUUGUCUAUCGUGAGGUUUUGCACCAUGAAUUGAGUUCAUGAGUGACACAGAAGAGAUUCUAAGACAACAGCAACAUGGAACUCGGUAGACCCUGGACCCUGCAAGCAAUCUUGUCGCUCAUAUACUGAAAAUAUUCUUAUGAGUGAGAAAAGUCAGUUCUUAACAAAACAGGCAUGUUCAAGACAGCAGGGUGACUUAACUCCAAUAUCUAUCCAGGCUUUUCACUAUAUCGUGCUUAAGCUCACCUUGAAGAUCCACAGCAAAAUAAUGAAAAUAUCAUCAGAAAAUUAACCACAGUUACAGGGCAAAGGAGGAGGAGGAGUAAUGGAGACCAGGCAGCAUAAAAAGCCAAGAAUUAAGCCUGAACCUCAAUAUAAAUUCCACAUUGAAGACGACGAUGAUGACGAUGAAGAAGUAUGUGAGUUUGAUACCUAUGUUCUGAAGCAAAACAGAAGGCAGAAGCAAGGGGUGAAGACAGAAAAGGAUGAGAAUGGGAGGCGUCAGGAAGAGGAAGACAGACAAUGGCAGGAGGAGAAAAAGAGAAAGAGGCUGGAGGUGGAAGAGGAUGAAGAAGAAGUGUGCAGCUUCAGCGAAGAUGAUAAGCUGAAGAGCAAGGAACCCAUGGAGUGGCGAGAAGAGCUAUCCAUUUAUGAAAGUGAGAAUGAAGAGGAGGGAGAGGAGGAAAGGGAUGAGGAGUUAGUCGACCUGGAAUCCGAGGUGGAGGAGUCCGACAGGGAAAGUGAAGAGAGGAGAAUCGAGGAGGAGUUGUGGAAGAAAAAGAUGGAUGAAGAAAGGAGGAAUAGACUGGAAGAGGAAGAGAAGCGAAAACAUCAAGAUGUCGAUGAGAAUAAGAUGAAGGACGAUGAAAAUCAGCUGAAAACAGAACAGGAUGAGGAUAUGGAACAGGAAGACCAAGAGACCUUGGAAAAGGAAGAAAAACUGGAAGAAGAGCAAAAGCAACUGAAAGAGGGACUCGAAAAGGAGAAAGGAAAGGACAUAUUGGAUAAAGAGGAAGAUAAGGAGAAUUUGGAAGCUGAAGAGGAAAUUAUAAAGAAAGGAAUGAAAGAAAUAGAGAAGGAAGAGGAAAUGAAAAAGGAAGAGGAAAUAGAAGGGAGAAAGAUCAAAACAGAAGAGAAAGCAGAAAAAGAGGGGAUGAACAUGAAUGAAGAGGAAGAGGAUGGAGGAAUGGCAGUUGAAGAUGAGAAAAGAGAAGAAUUGAGUACAGUGAAAGAGAAGGAAAAGGGGGCACAUGAAAUGGAGGAAGACUUGGAUAGCAAAGUAGAAAACAAACUGAAGAAUAAGAUAGAGGAUGAAAUAAUGCGCAGGCUGGAGGAAGAACUGGUGAAGCUUAAGCUGGAGGAGAAAAUGAAACAGAAUUUGGAGGAAGAGAUUAAAGUGAAGCUGGAGGAAGAGAAACUGAAGAUGACUGAAGAGAUGAAACGUAAGCUGGAGGAAGAGAUGAAAUAUGAAAUAGAGAAAGAGAUUAAGCGCAAGUUAGAAGAUGAGAAGAGUCGAAUGGAAGAGGAGUUGACAAGAAAGAUAAAGCAAGAGAUGAAAUAUAAGAUUGAAGAAGCUAUAGGAAAAAGAAAUAGGAUGGAAGAAGAGAGGUUAUGCAGGAAGCUAAUGGAAAGAAAAGAGAGGAAGAGAAGGAAAGAGGAAGAGCAGAAGAAAAAGGGGGAGGAGAGAAAGAGAAGGGAUAAGCAGUUGCAAAAAGAAAAGGAGGAACUGAUGGUCUAUAAUCUGGAGACAGAGAGGGAGGCAAAAGAGGAGAAAGAGAAGCGUAAAGAACACUUGGGGAAAGCAAAGGAGAAGGAUGAGGCAAAAUGCAAGGUGGAAGAAGACUUGAGGAAAAGGACUGAAGGUGUGAGGAGAGCAUUGGAGAAGAAAAACGUAAAGAAGAACUUGGAGGAAGCAAGAAAUGUGGAACAGAGAGUGGCCAAGAAGGAACAUAAACAGGAGAAAAUGGGUGAGAAGAUCAAAGACAAAAGACAGAUGGGCAUUGAGGGAGCUCAGCGGGCAGAUACGAAGAGGCUGGUUGAAAAAGAGGAGCAAAGAGUCUGUCCAAAGGCUGGGGGAGUAGAAGGUGGUGUGCAGAAAAGCAUGAUCGUCAAAAUGGAACAGCUUCCAAAAAAAUCAAAGGCACCUCGGUCUGAUGUGAAGCAAAUUGGCUCAGCUGCCUGUAAAGUUCCAGGCUUCCCUGUCUCCACUUCCCCACCAAGAUCCCAGCUGCAUGGAUCCUUCCAGCCAAGCUCUUGUAUGACAGAUAACAUCUUGCCAACAUCUGUCAGGCCAUUUGCAACAGCCCUUUGCCCACCAACCCCUGCAAUGCUAACAUACACGCAGAAAGUGCCAUGCCCCUCCCAAGACAGCAAACGCCUCCACCCCUGCCCCUUCAUCAGUGAGGGCAAAAGACAGUCCCUUUUGAGGAAUGAGCUGGAGGCAUUCUAUGAACUCUUUAAGCUGUUCUCGGAGCCUCCAUCCCACAAUGUGAUUGACAUUCACAACCUGUGCGUGGGCCUGCGAGCGAUGGAUAUAGAGCUAACUGAGGCAAAGCUUCGCGAGCUGCUGGCACUUCUAGAUGUCAAUAGGGACGGGCAGGUGUGCUUUGAAGACUUCCUGGAGUUUGUCACAGACACUGACCAGUUCCUCCGCUACUUUGCCCAGCUGCCUGACAGCUGUGACUGCUCGAGGUCUCAGAAAGGACUCCUGACUGACACUGUGUUUUUCAGAAUCCUGGCAGAGAUCUUACGCCUCGGGGAACUCUCUGUCGAGUCAACCAAGCAUAUUGUCAGGUAUUAUUUCGCCAAGAAAAAAGGAGCUGGCAUCAAAGAUCAGAGGGAAAAGAAAGCCAGUGGGGACGUACAAGCACCUAGUUUCAUGGGCAUGACACUUCACCGUCUAGUCCAUUACAUCGAUGUCCUGGAACCAGACGACAGCUAUGUGGAGUCCCCUCUCACCCAGCAACAGGUUGCUGCAUUUUGGGAGUUCUACGAGCUCUUUGACAAAAAUAACCAAGGCAACAUUGACACCUUCUCACUGCUGAAAAUCAUGAACUCGUUGUCCAUCUACAUGAGCAACCAGCUGGUGCCAGUUCCUUUGCAGUUUUUGGCGGUGAAUGAAGGCAGAGCUGUCACCUUCCAUGAUUUCCUGGGCAUCUUGAGUGACACGGGCACCUUUGGCCAGUUCCUGGUCCAGGAGCAGGACGCCAACUGCCAGGUGUGGAAUGCAGCAGAGAUUUUCACCACCGACGCUCUGAUCUUUGACGCGAUCGAGAAAAGCCUACAGUCUCCACUGCUCGAUGCCAGGGCAGCCGCCAACAUCAUGAACUACUACCACCAGAAGUUCAAGGGCUCACUGGUGCGGUGCCAGGACCACGCUGGAAGAUCUGAAGAUGCCGCUGGAGUGUCAGUGUGGGAUAUAUCAAGAGAGGCAUCCGCAGCCUACAGUGGAAAGCUGGUUCCAAGAGCUAGCACCGGCAGGAAGGAUGUGGGCGGCUCAGUGCAGGGCGGUCAGGCGCAGCCGCAAGCCAGGAGAUCCGAAGCUUUCCAGAAGCGAUUCCAAAAGGCCCUCCAAAACCCCAAUUUCAACACAGUAUUCAGCCAGUAUUCCUGGACCUGGAAAAUGGAGGAGGCUGAACGAAACAAACGACUGGAGCAGAUAAAGAAAGGAAAGGGCAAAAUUUCUACGAUGAAAAUAAACAGAUUUGCCAGAUGCAGUCCGCCCACUGGCAUGUCAUGCCAUGCAGCCUGGCAGCCAAAACAAGUUAUGGAGAAGGAAGAUAAACCGGAAAAGGAAGGAAAACCGGAAAAGGAAGGAAAACCAGAGAAGGAAGGAAAACCGGAAAAGGAAGGAAAACCAGAGAUAGUCACAGCAGAAACUCCUUCACAGAAAGAUGCCGUGAUGGGACUGGGGAAGGUGAUGGAGAAAGUAGUGGACAAGGUGAUGGACAGGAUGAUGGAGAGAGUGAUGGACAGAAUGGUGGAGAAGUGGAAGCAGGAGAAUAAGGAGAGGAUACAGCAGACGGUGGUGGAGACCAUGAAUGAGACCCUGGACAAGGUGGCCGAGAGCGCACUGAACACCGAGGAGGAGAUGGGCAAGAAGGUGGAGGAGCUGGUGAACAAGGUGGUAGCAGAGGUGGCCUCCAUCAUGGAGAAGGUGAUGGAGCAGGUAGAGAAGAAGCUGGACAAGGACAAACCCUCGGCGGAAGACGAGGAGUCAGAUGGCUCAGUGUGUGAAAUGCCCCCGUUUGCGGAUGAGGAUGAAGAAGAUGAGGACGAGGAGGACGACGAUGGCACCCCUGAAGAGCCCCCCCUGACCCCUAACCAGCGGGAAGCCUUUUACGAGGUCUUCAAGCAGUUCACGCAGGGGGACAGUGACAUCAUUAACAUUUCCAACCUGAAAGCGUCACUGGAGGCCCUUGAGAUCCCAGUGGAGGAGGUCGACAUCUAUAACAUCCUGGAAGCGGUGGACUCAAAUGGGGAUGGGGAAGCAAAUUUCGACGACUUCUUAAAGUUGAUGACCAACACCCGUCUCUUCUUUCUCUUCUAUAAGGAGCUGCCUGGUCGCUGCGAGGGCCCACAACCCCAGAUGGGCUCCGUGGACAACACAGUGUUCUUUGAAAUCCUGUCCAAGUUCAUCCAAACACAGAUGCUCCCUGAGGACACCAUGAAGAAAAUAAUCCGGUAUUUCUACAUGAAGAAGAAAGGGGAGAAGCUCAAGAGCAAGAAGCCUGAUACCUGCCCAAAGCAACAUCUUCCACCCCCCACAUUCCUGGGUCAGUCGAUCUACAGCCUGGCAACAUACGUGGAUAUCUUGGAGCCUGAUGAAGAAUAUAAGGAGACUACCCUGACAGAGGAACAGGUCGCAGCUUUCCGCAACGUCUUCGACAUGUUCUGCAGGGACAAGCAAGAUUGCAUCGAUGUCAGCAGUCUCCUGAAUAUGAUGUCCGAGGUGCAGAUAUACUUAAAGAACCCCUUAAUCCCCAACGAGAUGAAGUGCACUGAGGUCAACUCCGGUAAAGAGGUGAGCUUUGAAGACUUUCUGGCCAUUAUGACCAAUACUAACACUUUUGCGCAGUACUUGGCUCCAGAGUACGAGCCCUGCAAGUGCACGGUGGCUACGCCUGUUGUCAUGUUCCAGGCCAUCAACAAGCUGGUGGACUCGCCCUUGCUCUCAGCCAAGAGCAAAGCCAUCAUCGCCGCCUACUACCGGAACAAGUUCAUAAGCAUGGCCCAGGACUACGGCGAGGCAGCAGAACCCGACGCGGCAGCCCGCAUCACUGAGGAAGGCCAGAGCCCCGAGAGCCCGACGAUGUCAGCAUCCCCGCCCCAGACGGAGCCUGCCAGCCCCAAACAGGAGAAGCAGGCGGAGAAGGAGGCGGACAAGGCCACGGUUGAGAAAGAGGAGGCGGCAGAGAAAACGCAGAAAGGAGCAGCCAAGCAGCAAGCACCGGAGCCAGCCAAGGAGGUUGACAAGGAACAAGCCAAGGAGGUUGACAAGGAACAAGCCAAGGAGCAGGCCAGGAAAUCCCACAGCCGAAAGAUUAAAGAGGCCAGGUUGAAGAGGAGGCAGAACAUGCAGAAGAGGUUUGAAGCAGCCAUGAAGAAUCCUGCCUUCCACAAAGCCUUUGAUGCGUACUCCUGGACGUGGACCGAGAAUCAAGCGAAACAGAAACAAGGUGUAGUCCCAUGUCAAUAGCCCCCUCACAGACAACCCCAGACACCCACCCCAGUUUUAUUCUAGUUUCAUUAAAGCUGAGGAAGUUACACCUCAUUAACUGACUUAAAACUUGUAAUAAAACGGUAUUCUGAGGCUGCCUAUUCUUAAACUGAGUGAGACGCACCUUCCUAAUUGACCAAUAAAUGGACACUAUACCAAGAUGCAACAGGUCAUUCCCAUUACCUGAAUGUUGAUCAUUUAUAACUGUUACUUUCUGGAGGAGUAGUGGGGUGGUAUGGACAGGUAAAAAAACAUGGCAAAUUGGGCAACGCCGCCACUCCCUUGCAUCUGAAGGAUCAAGUAACUCCCAUGCAGCACUUGAGGAGUGGUGUCCCUUUGAGAGAAUGUUAAACUGGGGUCCUGCCUGUUCCUUUCAGGUGCCUCCUGAACAUUCUGUGGAUGCGACUGCAAGAAAAGAUCUUCCUGGUGUUUCCAUCUUUUGGUAUUUUGCCUGUCCAGACAGUACCG